UGCCCGUUGCUGCGGCGGGCGCGGAGGUGCAGUCGCCGGUUCGGCCGGGACAGGUGCGUUGGGACCCGUUGUUUCGGCUGCGACAGGUGCGCUGGGAUCUCCCGAGUUCCGCCGGGACAGGGAUUUGGGCAGAUAAGAUGGAGCCUUCCCCGUUCAACAGAAGGCAAUGGGCCUCCCAUUCUUUGAAAAUCACCGCCAAAGAGCUUUCCCUGGUCAACAAGAACAAGUCCUCGGCCCUGGCGGAGAGGUUCUCCAAGUAUCAGAAAGCUGCUGAAGAAGCCACUGCUGAGAAGAAGAGAAGUAACACAGAAAACCUGCCCGCUCACUUGACCAGGGGCAAUCUGAGCGUGCUGAAGAAGAAGUGGGAGAAUCCGGUGCUGGAAGCGGUGCGGGCUAGCAGGGUCGGCACCGGGCGCGCCCGUUCUCCAUCCCCGGGGGCCGGAGCUGCCCCGGGCCGGCCGCAGUGUCCCGGUGACAGCGCAGAGCCCCGGGAGGGUGGCACCAUGGAGAACUGUGCGAGAGAGCCCCGCGAAAUGGAAAAGCCCGAAGGCAGCGAGAGGUCGGAGUCUCCGGGGAGGAUCGAGAAGUACAACGUGCCCCUGAGCAAGCUGAAGAUGAUGUUCGAGAAGGGUGAAGCCCCUCAGCCCAAGCAGGGCCCCCGGGAGCCGCGCAGGGCAGCGGGCAGGAGGAUUUCGGAGAACAGCCUGGAGGACUCUGACACUGCCCAAGGAGAGAGGAGCCACAGCACAGCAGGGUAUCUUCUAGACACCAGUCCAGGACUCAGCCCAGACAAGGCAGAGACCAGGAAGAACCUGGACAUGCCCCGUUUAUCAGAGACAUCAAUAAAGGACAGGCUGGCCAAGUACCAGGCAGCUGUGUCCAAGCAGGGCAGUUCCUCAGGCAUCGUUCCCAUGAGUGAGAUUCAAGCCAGUGAGAGUGAACUCAAGAAUUACAAAUCUGGGCAGAAGGAGAAUAUGGCACCAAUUGAGGACUGCAGUUCCUGUCAGGAUGGGGAGAAGGUUUCUGUAGGUGAGAACAGCUCGUCUUUGCACUCUGGUCUGCUGGAGGAUGGCCAUGCUGGACAGUCGGAGAGCGAGGCAGAAGCUCAGAAAGCUGUCAGCUCAAAGCAGCAGAACCUUGGUGCUAAAGCAGCUGGCCAGACAGAGGCCUCUCCUCCAAAAGCCGUCAAGAAAUUCCAGUUGCCAAUGAAGGAAACCUGUGUUGGGUGUCAGAAGACUGUGUACCCCAUGGAAAGGCUCUUUGCCAACCAGCAGGUGUUUCACAUCAGCUGCUUCCGCUGUUCCUACUGCAACAGCAAACUCAGCCUCGGGACGUACGCCUCUCUGCGUGGGAACAUCUACUGCAAGCCUCACUUCAAUCAGCUCUUCAAGUCCAAAGGCAAUUAUGAUGAGGGCUUUGGACACAAGCAGCACAAGGAAUUGUGGGCAGGUAAAACUGAAUGUGAAGAAUCCCCGGAGAAAACCGUCCAUGGUGUGAAUUCACCAGACACUCCACAAAGCCCAGGAGUAGAGGAUGCCCCGAUUGCAAAAGUGGGAGUUCUGGCUGCAAGUAUGGAAGCAAAAGCUUCAGCUGUGCCUGAAAGGGAAGAAAGACCAGCAGAAACAAAAAAGCUCAGGAUUGCCUGGCCACCUCCAUCUGACCAAAGUACCCAAGGAAGUGCCUUAGAUGAGGGCAUCAAAGUACUCAAACCCAAGUGGCCUCCAGAAGAAGAGAUUUCCAAGCCUGAUGUGCAGGAGGAUGUGGAUCUGGAUCUCAAAAAGUUAAGAAGAUCUUCCUCUCUGAAGGAGCGAAGUCGCCCCUUUACAGUUGCAGCCUCAUUUAGAACAAUAUCUGUUAAAGGCCAUAAAACAGAGAAUUCACCAUCUCCUUCCAAGGAAGAGAGAGGCACAUUGAAAAGGAGUGAGGAACUGGAGAGAGAGCUUGUCAUAGAGAAAAAGCAAAGGGAAAAGAAGGUUGAGCCUAGGAACAUCCAGAACUCCGGGGAGAAAAAUGCGGAGGAAGAACGGGAAUUGUCGGGUAUCAAAACAGCAGAGCAGAACAUUGUAGAGAAUGGGCAGAUGAAUGCAGACACAGAUGAGGAAGAACACGCUACAGAGGAGCCAGAAAUUCCAAAGGAAGAACUCCUUGAACCAAAUUCUCCUAAACAUUCCAGCUUAGCCAAUGCUGUGACCGCUAAGGAAUCAUCUCCAAACCAGAAUCGCAAAUCCCAAGACGUUGGUUUUUGGGAGGGUGAAGACGUGGAAGAUCUGUCUGUGGAAGAACAGAUCAAAAGGAAUCGCUACUAUGAAGAUGAUGAUGAUGAUGAAUAAAUUGGCCUUUUACUAGAAAACUUGCUGCAAGGUGCUGGGCCUUUUGAAAUGGAUAUUUUUAGCUUUAACAAACAGCUCUCCUGGAUGAAGUGAUGCUGCACUGCACAUCAGCAUUAAGGGAAUCUACAUACAAAUUAUCUCAGCUAGAAAACUCUGGAAGCCUGCAAAUUCUUUAGGUGCAUGGAACAAGUGUCUGGCUGUGGGACAGCUUCAGCAGGUAGUGUCUGUCCCCAGCAUGAGAACAGAGCUGUUCUCUGUCUUAUCCCUUUGAGCUUCAAUAGGUAUUUCACUAACAAUUUCUGGAAUUCCACUGUACUUGCCGUGCUGGUGUGGGACACACCACCCGUACCACUCCAAAUGCUACUGCAGUGCUUAGGGACCAACUUCAAAGGGACUUUCUGGCCUGCUUUAAAAUGGUCACUUAAUGCACUUUAAUACAUGGAAAGGGCACAACCGGGCUUUUUUUUUAAAUUAUAAAAGCAUCUCUGUGUGUAGUGUCCAACAAUUAAAGCAUCCUAAAUGGAGUGCAAUGUGAAUUUCUGUCUCAAACCUGCCUGUGAUCAGUCGAGGAGUCCCUGCACAACUGGAAUGGUGCCCGUUGCUGGACCAUGUGUAUUUCAGUGCUGUGCUGGCUGCCAGGUCUCUGCAAAAGACAAGUGAACACUUUGGAGCAGCCUGCAGGGCAUUACUUCCGCAUUUCACACACAUUUGGAGUUUUUUGUUUGUUUUGUUAUGAUUUCUUUUUUUACUUGGAGUUCUUCAUCAUCAUUUUAAACUACAGAUAAGAUUUUUAAGGCCUUUUGACAACUCUGAAAUCCUACUUUUAUCAAGCUGCCAUAAAUCUUUUCCUUACAGCUGUGAAAUUGUGCUGCAUUGCAAAAAUCUCUGGAAUCAGUGACACUUUCAGAUUGCCAGUGUUGAAGAUCAGAACAUUUUUUAACUUGACUUCAUUUAUUUUACAAUAAUAAAAUCUUGAAUGGGGGGAGGAGGAGGAGGCCCUUUUUUUUAUUAUUAGCUUUUAUUUGUACUGUAUUCUCAAGAGAAUUAGAUCUUAAUGAUUCUUGAGGUGUAAAAUAUUCUGCUUUCUUACCAGUUCUGCUAAUGACAAAACCUUCAAUAAAGUUUGGGUCAUUUCCAUUUUAA